ACAACACUUGUAACCAUCAACCAGUCAAUCAUUCGGCCGGUGAAGAUAAAAGAAGAAGAAAAAGAGCGUCUUUUGUUUUGUGACUUGUGACAGAGAGAUGGGGAAGCACGGCAGCCACCUGUGCUGCUUCUCUCUGCUGAGCCUGCUGCUUCUUCUCGCCGGGUUCGCAUCCGGCCACCAGGUCCUGUUUCAGGGGUUUAACUGGGAGUCGUGGAAGCAGCAAGGCGGGUGGUACAACAUGCUGCUGGGGAAGGUCGACGACAUCGCCGCCGCCGGAGUCACGCACGUCUGGCUGCCGCCGCCCUCGCACUCCGUCUCCAACGAAGGUUACAUGCCGGGCCGGCUGUACGACCUCGACGCGUCCAAGUACGGGUCGGCGUCGGAGCUCAAGUCCCUGAUCGGCGCGCUCCACGGGAAGGGCGUGCAGGCGAUCGCCGACGUGGUGAUCAACCACCGGUGCGCGGACUACAAGGACAGCCGGGGCAUCUACUGCAUCUUCGAGGGCGGCACCGCCGACGGGCGCCUGGACUGGGGCCCCCACAUGAUCUGCCGCGACGACACCGCCUACGGCGACGGCACGGCCAACCUCGACACGGGCGCCGACUUCGCGGCGGCCCCCGACAUCGACCACCUCAACGACCGCGUCCAGCGGGAGCUCACGGACUGGCUCCUGUGGCUCAAGUCCGACCUCGGCUUCGACGCGUGGCGGCUCGACUUCGCCAAGGGCUACUCGCCGGAGAUGGCCAAGGUGUACAUCGACGGCACGAAGCCGGGCCUGGCCGUGGCCGAGGUGUGGAACGACAUGACGCCCGGUGGGGACGGGAAGCCGGCCUACGACCAGGACGCGCACCGGCAGGCGCUCGUGAACUGGGUCGACAGGGUGGGCGGCAAGGACUCUGCAGGCAUGGUGUUCGACUUUACGACCAAGGGGAUCCUGAACGUUGCCGUGGAAGGGGAGCUGUGGAGGCUGAUUGAUCCCCAGGGGAAGGCCCCCGGCGUGGUGGGGUGGUGGCCUGCCAAGGCUGUCACCUUCGUGGAUAACCAUGAUACCGGCUCGACGCAGGCCAUGUGGCCCUUCCCUGCCGACAAGGUCAUGCUGGGCUACGCCUACAUCCUCACCCACCCCGGCACCCCGUGCAUCUUCUACGACCAUUUCUUCAACUGGGGGUUCAAGGAGGAGAUCGCGGCGCUGGUGGCGGUGCGGAAGCGCAACGGCAUCACGGCGACGAGCGCGCUCAGGAUCCUGAUGCACGACGGCGACGCCUACGUGGCGGAGGUGGACGGCAAGGUGGUGGUGAAGAUCGGCUCCAGGUACGACGUCGCCGCCGUGAUCCCGUCCGGGUUCGUCACCACCGCCCACGGCAAGGACUACGCCGUAUGGGAGAAGGCCGGCGUGGCGGCGGCGGCAGGAUUCCAGCGGAGCCGAAGAAGCCUCGAUUGAUCGACCGUUCCAGCAUGAUUUGGAUAAGUGCACGAUUUAUUUCUGCUAUGCACACGCGGAUAAGAGCGUGAUGCUCGCGCUGUGGCAAAUAAUAAAGUAUACUGAGAAUAAGGAGAGGCAAUUACGCCAUUUGUAUGAUUCGAGGAUUACACAUAAUUAAAGUUUUUAUUUUAUUUAACUAUACUUUGUAGUGGACAUUGGCUUCUAACUGUGAGAUGUGUUAAAAAUGA